AUGCCAGUACUAUCCCGCUCAACCACCCCCGCUGCAGGGCCUUCCAAUCCCACUUUGUCACGUCCUAUCCGUCCUCCCGUCUUUCAACCGCCGCGGCCCGCAGGCGGCGGUUCCACAUCCAUCAUCGUCAACCCCUGCCAGCGAGGGAACACCGUUCUGGACGCGAUCAAGAAUGUACCAUGGGAAUAUGGUCAGAUCGCCCCUGAUUACCAGGUGGGCGCGACUACCGGAGUGCUCUUCCUGAGCUUGAGAUAUCAUCGGCUGCAUCCGGAGUAUAUCCAUACGAGGAUCGGGAAGCUCGAAGGGAGGUAUAUGCUGAGAGUGCUUCUGAUGAUGUGUGAUGUGACGGAGCACGAGGAACCGAUACGCGAGCUGACGAAAGUCUGUUUGAUUAACAAUCUCACUAUUAUGGUCGCUUGGACACCGGAGGAAGCGGGUCUCUAUCUUUCCACAUACAAACUCUUCGAACACAAGCCGCCUGACCGGAUCAAAGAACGCGUAGACAAGGACUAUACCUCGCUCCUCCGUGCGGCACUCACCAGUAUUCGCGGAGUGAACAAAACCGACGUCACUACUUUAUCUUCUAACAUCGGCAGCGUGGCAGAGAUUGCAGAGGCGAGCGAGGAGGCAUUGCUGACUUGCCCCGGGUUCGGGGAGGUGAAGAGCCGAAGAGUUGUCGAAGCGUUCCAGAGGCCUUUCAGGAAUAACUUGUUUGGAGAAGCGAGGGAUAGGAACCCGUCUGGAGGAGGGCGGGCGGCACAGAGAGAAGAAACGCUCAGCGUUGUCGGAGAAGAGACGCCAACGGAACAGGAACCGCCCUCGGCACAACCGCGGAAUACGAGGCAAAGGGCACCCAGUCCUGAAUGGGACGACUUUGAUUUGGAUGACGAGGAAGAUGUUGUACAAGCUACGGACCUACCAGCCACCUCGUUAUCAACAAGACAGCAGAAGGUACUUGAGGUAGACGACCUGAGCAGCGAUGACGAACCGCCCCCGAAACGUACUCGAACGAAUGGAUUCAGUCAUGCGGAGGAGGAUGAAAGACCGAGAAGACAAAGCCCGGAGUGGGACAUCGAUCUGGAUCUCAACUGA